AUAUUAAUGAAUAGAUACAUAAUUUAGGUGGGCGAUACAAUACAAUACAAUACAAUUAUAAAUGCUGCUGAGCACAGACGGAGAGAGAGAGAGAGAAAGAGAAGUUUCACUCCCAUCCCAUGGCGGAAAUUCAAUCACCACCACCACAAAACACCACCAUCGACCCCAACAAUGGCUACUGCUCACACACCAAGAUUUACCACAGCCUCCGCCCGCCCCUCCCUCUCCCGCCCCCCUCUCAGCCCUUCUCCAUUUUUUCAUACACUCUUUCCCUACUCCACUCCCCCACCACCCCCACCUCCGCCGCCCUCUCCACCACCGCCUUCCUCAUCGACGCCGCCACCGGAGACCGCCUCACCUACUCCGCUUUCCUCCACAAGGUGAAUUCCCUAUCGUCCUCCCUCAAAUCCCUUCUCUCCAAAAACGACGUCGCAUUCGUCCUCUCUCCGCCUUCCCUCCAUAUCCCGAUCCUCUACUUCUCCCUCCUCUCCCUCGGCGCCGCCGUCUCUCCGUCGAACCCGCUCUCUUCUCCGACCGAGUUGGCCCACCAAAUCCAACUCAGCAAACCCGCCGUCGCCUUCUCCACCUCCGCCCUCGCCCACAAACUCCCGCCAAAUCUCCCCGUCGUCCUCCUCGACUCCCCCGAGUUCCUCUCCAUGCUCGAGCCAACACUUGCUUCGAGCGGCGGCGGCGGCGGCGGCGGCGGCAACCCACACAGCGCCGCCGUGGACCAGUCGGAUUCGGUCGCGAUCCUCUAUUCCUCCGGCACCACGGGGAAAGUGAAGGGCGUUGUCCUAACCCACCGCAACCUGGUGGCCGUGAUUGGGGGUUUCUACCACCACAAAUUUUCCGGCGACGGCGGGAAAGCGGCGGCGGAGGAGGAGGUUUAUAUCCACCCGGUGUCCCUUUUCACGCUGCCGUUGUUUCACGUCUUCGGCUUCUUCAUGCUGAUCAAGGCGGCGGCUAUGGGCGAAACCGUAGUGCUGAUGGAGAAAUUCGAUUUUGUGAAAAUGCUGGAGGCGGUGGAGAGGCACAGAGUGACGUACAUUCCGGUGGCGCCGCCACUCGUGGUGGCGUUGGCCAAGUCGGACUUGGUGGACAAGUACGACCUGAGCUCGCUGCAGAUACUCGGCUGCGGCGGAGCUCCGCUAGGAAAAGAGGUUUCCGAGCGAUUCAAGGCUAAAUUCCCUAACGUCGAGAUUUAUCAGGGGUACGGUUUGACGGAGAGUGCAGGAGGGGUUGCGCGAAUGGUGGGCCCCGAAGAGGCGAAGGUACAUGGAUCUGCGGGUCCUUUGUCUGAAAACAUGGAAGCAAAGAUAGUCGAUCCUGCGAGCGGAGAGUCAUUGCCACCUGGACAACGUGGAGAAUUAUGGCUACGAGGCCCUGCAAUUAUGAAAGGUUAUGCUGGAGACAGUGCUGCAACAGCUGCAACUUUGGAUUCGGAAGGGUGGCUAAAAACGGGAGAUCUCUGUUAUUUCGACUCGAAUGGGUUUCUAUUUAUUGUCGAUCGGUUGAAAGAAUUGAUUAAAUACAAGGGAUAUCAGGUUCCUCCGGCUGAGCUGGAACAUUUACUUCAGUCGAUGCCUGAAAUUGCAGAUGCGGCAGUGAUUCCAUAUCCCGAUGAAGAAGCAGGUCAGAUUCCCAUGGCCUAUAUAGUGAGAAAACCUGGUAGCACCAUUUCUGCAACUCAAAUUAUGGAUUUCAUCGCAAAACAGGUUGCUCCAUAUAAGAAGAUCCGGCGUCUUGCAUUUGUUGAGUCGAUUCCGAAAUCGCCAGCAGGGAAGAUCUUGCGCCGUGAGUUGGUUAAUAUUGCUCUUUCGACAACUACUUCAUCUAAACUGUGAAUCCAAAUAUAUAUAUAUAUAUAUAUAUAUAUAUAUAUAUAUAUAUAAUUCUUCAUAUUUGUUACUCACACCUAAAGCUUUUCUAUUUUUACAAGGGCUCGUUUGAUAGAAAUGAUGUGAUUAUAUGUAAUUUGGUUGCAUUUGGAUAUAUUAUGUUCAUGUGUUAUAUAUGCUUAGUAGCAUCUAGGGUUGUAUUUGUCAUUUUAUUUAAAAUGCAAGAAACAUUAUUAUUAGUAUAUAUAUACCAAACCUAGUUAGGAGA